AUAUUUGCCUGCAUUUGCUCUUAUCGCUUCAACAAACACAUACAUCCGAUAGGGUACAUCCCACUACAACCGCGCUCAAUCAGUCGAUCCUCCAACCAGCCCAGCAUCAGUAACAGUGAUCAGUUCAAACCGUCGAGAUGUCUCAAGUUCGCCUGCUAACAGCAAUCGCACUAAUAUGGCUUGUGGCCGCCAGCUAUCUGCUGGACGCGGUCGACGCACGGAAAUCCCGAGGCAGUUCCGGCAAACGGUCCUCCCGGCGUCCGAAGGGCGUUAAUAUCGAGAUCUACCAUCCGAAGGGUGUCAUGAUUUGGUACCCGUAUCGGGCGGGCAUGGAAAUGUUCGGCAUCCAGAUCUACAUCAACAAGGCGAACCAGCCAGCGACGGGUGGUGACUCGUCCAGUGAGGAAGAGGCUGCCCCGCCGGAAUGCGACAUUUGCCUCAACACGACCGAAGUGUCCUACGGCAAGUUUAUCCUGCGCAGCGAGGACGCGAUCAUCCGCAGCCGGGAUCAUCUGCUGUACAAUGCGAUCGUGAAGAAAACCAACGGCAAAGCAUACGUAUCCCGAUCGAACGAUUUCUACGUGGCAGAGAGCCGCAUCUUUCUGGCCGAUAUUACCGGCAAUGCCAGUGCGUGCAGUGAAACGGCGGUAGCAAACCUUUCCGAAAGCGAUAAGCUGAUGGUCAAAGAGAUAGAGCUGAUGGAAGAAAUUCUGCGCGAUCUGAACGACCAAUGCUUCGGUGGAGAGACGAAUCGCACGAAGCAAUUGCUACUGAACGCGGAGACACCGACCCGGCUAGAUGCUAAACAACUGCACCAGUUUACGGAGAAUGAGCUGAAUCGUGUCUUGCCGCAGGUGGACUGGGGCCGGACACUUGUGGAAGCGUUCUAUGCACCGAAUGGCAUUGGGUUCGAGGUGGCUACAGCGAUCGACAAGAUGAAGGUGCUGAAGUUGGCUAGCUUCCGCUCCGAUAGUUUGAUUACCGAUCUGGACAUCUUCCAAACGGAGGACAUGACAAAUGAUAUUGAACAUUGGCAAUAGGGCGUUGAUUGUUUGUAGUUUAAUUUCGGUUUUACCCAUGAAGACUAUUACGAUUUAUGUGAGUGUAUGUUUAUGAUUUGUUAAUGUUCUGUGUGAGCGCGAAGGCAAUAAAUGACUAUUUGGAAGCGUUUGUUAA